UCUAAAGCCAACAAGACGUUUCUGUAGAAGAGGAAGUUUUCGGAUCUCGUGGUCUGAACUCUUGAAUCGUCAUUAAUGCUGGUGCAAACAGGGAAAACAGGCGGCACUCAGGGAGGCUCUCCCCGUCUGACUGGACCUGACGGAGAGUCACCACCUAACGUCACCGUCACUGACUCACCGAUGUACCAGCCCACACAACAUUCCAUCGACGGGAUCCUAGGCACGGGACCGGUCACCGCCGCGGUUCCCUCCGUAUUCACGGAUGACAACCAACAUUCUGACGACAAUUUCGAUGACAAAGAGUACACCAACAUGGACGACGAACAGCACAAAGUACGAUCAUCAGCCACGGACAACAGCGGCGACAACAAGGACACCACAGAGGAGGGGGCGAACGGCGAAGGCGAGCCGAAAACAAAGAAGAAGCGUAGAAAUCGCACGACUUUCACGAGUUUCCAGCUGGAGGAAAUGGAAAGAGUAUUCCAGAAGACACACUACCCGGAUGUGUACAUGCGGGAGCAGCUGGCGCUCAGGACAGAUCUGACAGAAGCGAGAGUACAGGUAUGGUUCCAGAAUAGGCGGGCUAAAUGGAGGAAGAAGGAGCGGUUCCACCAGAUAGCCGGGAUGCGGCAGACCACGGUGGGGGCGGGGCCGUACCUUCCGGUCCAACCACGGCCGAGCUCUUACUCCCAGGUCCACACGUCAUCCUGGGGAGGGGCGAGCAACUCCUCCUGCAUGUCUCCCCACACCAACCUCCCCAGCUUCAUGGGCGUGGCCACGCAAGCGCAGUCGUCCCUCCACGCCAUCUCCCCGAUGUCCACGAACAGCCCAGACUCCCUGACCAGUGCGCAGCGCCCCCUGGCGUGUGCCGAGGCAGACAGAAGGAGCUCCAGUAUAGCCGCUCUCAGACUGAAGGCUCGGGAACACAGCGUGGCGCUCAGCAUGAUGGGAGAUGAUAGGAAACACGGAAUGAUGGGAUUGCCUGUGUACGAGCACAGUUUGACAAGCGCCCAAACACGUCUCUAAAGUAGAUAUUUUCCCCCAAUAUUACCCACCCUAGCAGGAAUAUCAUGC